AUGCCCGGAACACUAUCACGACAUACGUUCGUCCGUCGAUUAGCUACGCUUGCGACAGAGUCUGCUGCUAAUUCAACCGCUCCACCAGUCCAUCAUGCCCAAUUUUUCUUCGACAACGUUUAUCCACUCAAACUCAACGCAUUUGAUUUUCGAUCAUACAUAUCCCGCUUGAGUAGACGUUCCCUUGAGACAAAAUUAAAGCAGAACAAGUGGCUCCCGCCGGAGAAUGAAUUACCUUACGAGUUUAAAAUUGAAGGAGUGGUGCCGAGACGAAAAGAAGGUGGCAUGUUUGUGAAAUUUACAUAUCGAGUAGAUGAAGCAAGCAAAGACAUCGCAUUAAAAGAGAUCCAUGAAACCGUUGAAAAUUUUGUCGAAUCAAAAAGUAUUAUUCCAUGGUUUAAUUUUUAUCCGAUGAGAGUGUUUUUAGUAAAGGGUGAACCUUUAUUAGAAGAUAUGGCUGGUCGAUACCCCGCGAGACGUUUACGUGUUAUAUUUGAAGGAUCGGAUGUAUUAUCUAUAGACUCGCUCUAUCAUACCUUUCGACGUUAUGGCAGAAUCCGUGAUAUCACAGUUCAACCCCUUUCAAUAAAAGAUACGCCACGCUUUGCUAUGAUAAUAUUCACUCGUAUACGAUCAGCCACCAGUGCGAAAAGUUGUGUACAUAGGAUGGUUGUAGAUGGAACGAGGUUAAGCGCAUUUUAUGAUAGAGUAGUGAUAACGAAUGUGAUUUAUAAGUGGAUGACAGCGCAUCCUCGUAUAUCGAUUCCAUUGAUAGCCGCCUUGAUAGCAGGCAUAUCAUAUAUAAUCUUCGACCCAAUCCGUACCUUCUUUAUUACUUCCAAAAUCACUCAGCGCUUCAGCAUUCAAGAAUACCCUCUCUAUCAAUGGCUUCGAAAAGAGACAAUAGAUAGGUUUUGGGCAUACCGAAAGAAUUCUGAUGAGGAUGGUUCUCUGCACGACGUCAGCAUGUGGUCAGAAAGAGUAGAUGAAGAGAUGAAACUUAGAAGUUGGUUGAAGGAGCCACCUGAGACGUUCAUUGUCGUUCUUGGACCAAGAGGUAGUGGGAAGAGUGAAUUUAUUGAUAAGGUCAUUCAGAACAAGAAAAAUAAAGUAUUCAUAAGAUGUGAUCAUCUUCUGAAUUCACGUGAUGAGAAUGAACUUGUCUACAAACUAGCCAAACAAGUUGGCUACUUUCCGCUAUUCACGAUUUUCGUGGCUCUUUCUAACAUAAUUGAUACAGUCGCUAGCGCUACAAUUGGACAGAAGACUGGAUUUACGUCAACGACUGACGCCGAAGUAAAGCAAAUCCUCGAUGUUCUUGCACUGGCUCUACAUAGAAUAGCUCCGGAUGCGCUUACCAAGCGAUCUCGACGCCCAAAUCGCAGCUCGCCUGGUUUAUACAAAUCUUCUAUUGUGGAUACAUACGAUUCGGAUGAUAUUCCUAUUCUUGUAAUCGAUAGUUAUAUGACUAAGGAUAAAGAGAGUCAUGAAUUAUGGGAGCAUCUGACAAAGCUUGCUGUAUUUCUGAUCGAGAACAGGGUAGCACAUGUUAUUUUUGCUAGUUCUAAUACGGCUAUUAACAAGACUCUGAGCAAAGCACUCCCGUAUAAAACGUUCAAUCACGUGAUUCUCUCAGAUGCACCUCCUGAGAAGGCCAUAAAGCUCGUCCGCCGUUAUGUAGACUUUGUUGACAAACGUGAAUUAGAGGACUCAGUCGUGGCACUUGGCGGUAGGCUUACGGAUCUCAAAAUGUUCAUAAAGAAGAUAAGAGAUGGACAGACACCUCAGGGCGCUUUUCGUGAACUGCUGGCAAAAGCCGUUAUGGAAAUCCGUAAGCUCGCGUUCGGAGACGAUACGGAAGAUGCGAAGAGCAUACCAUGGACUGGAGUUCAGUUCUGGAAGGUCAUUGUUGAAUUGUCUAAAUGUGGAAACGUUGACUAUGAUUCAAUAAAAUAUUCUCCUAUGUUCAAAGGGGACGACACGCCAUUAAAAGCAAUGGAAGAGGCGGAACUUAUCACAAUAAUACAGCACUAUGGUUAUCCAUACAUCAUCCGUCCAGGAAAACCACUUUAUCAGACAGCAUUUUCUGAAAUUAUUGCUGAUGACCACUUUGCCGCUAUCAUGGAACUUCAAAUGAAUCAGUAUCUUUCUGCAUUUGAAAAUGCAAAACUACAACAAUAUGAAGAUGAGAUGGGGAAGUUAGCGAUAUGUUUUACAAAAGAUGGAAAACGUCUGUUAGGAAGUGGGUCUGCUGCACCAGGAGACAGAAUGAAGUGGCUAGCUGAGAAUGUUGGUAAAAAGCAUGUGUUGAUUGCUGAAUAUGAAAACAAGGUUCGUUCGUUGAAGAAAGAAGUUGCUGAUCGCACACCAACCCAACCAACUUUUUAA